AUGCUGCUAUUUGCUAUAAUGGACAUGACGGGUGGACAAAGGUUCCUGGACCAAAUUUACAGAGACAGAUUCUUAGUCAUAUUGAGUCAAAAGCCAUAUAUGUGGCAUCGCGCAUUGGUAGAGAUGUUGACAAGGAUUGGUAUUACUAAUGUUAUACAAGGGAGUUCAAGGGCACCGAUACAAAGACAAUGGAUGUUAAAUGUGUUUCAAGUACAAGAUAUAACUGAAAUAAACGAUUUGGAGCAGAGACGUUGGACAGGAUACAAUAGGCAUGUUCAACAUUUACAUUUGCGACAAAAGAAAGAGAACAGGAAACAUGUGUUACAAAGAGGAUGGGAUGGCUUCGUUUCAAUAACAAUAUUAAGCAUCUUGCAGGAUAGUUUUCAAACCGCAACAAUCGGAGUUCAUGACCACAAGACUAUUUUCCGUCUCGGCUAUUGUAUUAAGAAUGGACACAUGAACAAAUAUGCAGACACUAUAAAGCAGAACGAUAAGCGACAUUUCAAGAAUUGUUCGAAAUAA